AAUGUGGAUGUCAGAUCCAAUUUUUGAGGUUAUUUGUUAUUUUUUGUUGAAAUUGCAAACAAAUUCUAUAAUUUGAUCUAUUAUUUAUAAAAUGGGUAAAAAUCACAGACAUAAAAAGAGGCUUAAAGCAGAAAAGUCGAAAACGCAGUUAAAAAACGCUGCAAAAGAAUUGUUAAAAAGACAGAAUGUGACUAAAACCGAAUUUAAAAUCAAGCCAAUCGUUAUAAAAACCCAGUUAGAGUCUAAAACAACAGAGGAUGGCCGUAAGGAUCUGUCUGUGGAGGAUGUGGUUAAUCGAUUAAGCCAUCGAAAUGAGAAUAUGAAAAUGAGAGCAUGUCAAGAUAUGGAAUAUCUGAUAAUGAAUAAUAAAAUUAGUAAUAUACCUUAUUAUUUCAAAUUUGUUUGUGUCUUCAUUCAAGAAGAUAUGCCAAAAGCAAGGAGGUCCGGGUUGAAACUGCUGCAAACUAUGCUUAGCGCGAUGAAUGAGAAAAAUUGCUGUGAUUUCCUCUUUCAAUUUUUACUCAAUCAUUUACGAUGUGCCAUGACCAGCAUAAAUAGACGGAUAAGGGAAGAUUCUGUCCUCUUCUUUGACCUCCUCCUUAAGUAUCUUCCCAAUUUUAUGGCGAAACAUUUUCGUUACUUCCUACCCGAUUUUAUGAUGUUGAUAUCGGCAUUGAAAAACGAUGCCGAAAUGAGGAGAACAGUUACUGUUAAUCUUGAAAGUAAAUUCACCAGUUCACAGUGGAGAAUCGCAGUACUGAGCAGGUUGCACCAACUUCUUGAUAUUCUACUUCAAAGGAAAAAAAGGAAAGACGAAGGUAUAAAGAAGUUGGAAGAAUUGCACGAUAGGCAUCCAUUUUUUGUUGUGAGAGAAAAUAAUUGGAGAGAAGAAUUGGUUGGUUCAGACGAUGAGCGUCUCCAGGAUGAAGACAGUAAAGAUGUUGAUUUACAGUUCGCUAAUUUGUUCUCCAUAUUGUACGAGACAUGGUUGGAAGGACGUCCAGUUUCUUCUUCAACAGAUAUAACUUUCCUUCCUGAAGAGACAGCUAUGCUUUUUAAUUGUAUAGUGCAAACCUAUCACAUAAUGAGUUCUUAUCUCCGACUCACUCAACGAAUGGUGAAACUCAAAACUUUGGAGCACGAAAAGUUGUUACGAAAUCUAGUCCAACAUCUUCCGUACGGUUUAAUCAAAGCGCCGAAAAAGGUGGACAAAAUGAGUAAUUUAUUAUCAAAAUUUGUCAUAACAGACAUAAAAUGCACCAACAACAAUAUUCUCAUCUGUUAUGAUUACCUCCUCCUAUUUGCCGCAAAUCCCUCAAAAGCAAAACUAGAAGAUAUAAAUAGUGUAGCAGAUACCAUAAACGGCUUUCUAGUACGGGACUAUACAAACAACAAAAAAAUGGAUUUCACAAGUUUGUUCUUGAUAUUGAAGCAUUUAUUCAAUGAAAAAGCUAGACUUUGGUGCAGAAACAAGUUUCCUGUUAGCAAUAUUUUAGAUGGUGCUUUAACACUCUAUAAUAAUGGAAAUAUAGAAGAUGGAGUCAAGGUGGAAUUAACGAAGAUAUUAACUCUUAUAUCUUACGAAGAACUUUUAGAGAAUGAAAAUUUUGCUUCUUGGCUUGAAAAUUUACCAAAACUACUUUUGGACGAGACAAUAGAGGCGGAUUUACUAGUAGCAAUCAUUAACAGGAUAAGAUUCAACCCCCCUGAAAAAAAUUCAUCAUUUUAUAAAGGGAUCUUGGAUAAUUACGUUGACAUAUAUCAUCAUUUACCGAAUAUGAAAGUGUACGGAAUGACCGAGCUGGAUUUGAGGAUGAGGAAAAUGCAGAUCGCCAAAUUUAUUGCCUAUUUACCUGAGCCCUGUCCUGAACUGAGAAGUAUACUACUCAACAAAUUGGAUACUAGGUCCCCCUACUGGGAAGAAAUCCAACAUUUGAGAACUGUGAGGAAUGAUAAUCCUGGAAAAAAGAAAAAUGUCAGAUCGCAUUCUAUCAAGAACGGAAAGACCUGAGGAACGAAAAAACUCCGUUUCGAGCACUUCAUAUCAUAGUAAGUUAUGAUUUUCUGUGAUACAUGUAAUUUAUGUAAAUAUCGACUAUAAAUAAAUCAUGUAUUGAACAGGA